AUGUGGCCAGUGCUCAGCCUCCUCGCCGGCGCCUUCCUGGCGACCGCGCACGCACAGAAUGCGGAGAGUACGGGGGAGUUCUCCCCAGUGGUUACAGCGACAUGCAAGACUGGUGUUAUGGCAAUCCACAUACAGUUCAACCAGCCGUUUAAUGGUGUUACACAUGCCAGAGAAUUCAGGACUCCAGCGUGCAUGGCUUUAGGAAAUGGCACCGAGUCUUUGAGUUUCGAUAUCAAUCUGAUAGCACCUCAAGGAGCACCCGAUUAUUGUGGCGUGUUUUGGAACAACCGCACAGACGAACGCUCGUUGCCGCUAGCGGUUCGUGUGCAUCGAACCUUAGAGUUGGCCGAUGACAAAUUCUACGUAAUCACUUGUGGCAAGGCAGGAUUCAGAAAUGCUCGAAACGAAACUUCGCUCGUAUCGCUGCGAAUGUUGGACUCACAAGGUCGAAAAGUAUUGAAUGCGGCGUUUGGUCUUCCGUACACGCUCAGAGCCGAAAUCAGCAAGCCUGAUGGAGCACACGGAAUACGUUUGAAGAAUUGUUUUGCUUUCAACAUGCGGAAUUAUACAGCUGAUCUUCUAGACAAUAGAGGAUGUCCUAUGAAGCAACAGUCCCUUGUAGUGAAGUCCGAGACGGGUGCGGCCGAGCUCGCGAUAGCGUCCAUGUUCCGGUUUCCGGACUCCUCUCAAGUCAACUUUCAAUGCGAUAUCGCUAUUUGCAAAGGCACGUGUUCUGUAAUCGACUGCAGUACAGAGGCACGUUACGAGAAAGGCGAUGAGGAGAGCACAGUCACCGCGUCCACCGGUAUAUUCGUGCUGGACCCCAAUGACAAUGGAGUGGCAGCACUAGCGUGUUCGGACGGCAGCGUGCGUCCUCUCUGGCUGCUGUACUUGGCCAUCGCGCUCGGUGUCAUGUUCAUCGUGAUGCUACUCGUCAACUGUUUCCUCUGCACCGCCAUGACGUGCUCAUGCGCGAGAACCGAUGUGAUUGAGAAGGACCCAUCAGUGGUGGAGGACUACGACCCGUACCGCAGUUGGCACGGCAGUCAAUAUGGAAGCCGAUACCCAUCCUCAACUAUUCACUCAGCAAGGUCCGUUUCGGACAACAGUGACCACUACGCGAUAGUGCAAUCAAGGCCGGGCAGUCGACAUUCCGGCAUGCACCGAAAUAGACAUUAA